AUGUCGGAUCCAACCCUUCCUUUGAUCUCUCCGAACCGGCCUAUGUCCGAAAAUCCAGUUUCCGACGGCGGCGACCUUAUUCAGGAGGACCCUUUUCUCAAAUCUGGCAGUUUCAUUGAGCCAACUUUCAAAGAUGAGCACCCAGCGCGAAACGGCGAUGUGCAAAGUCCAAAUCCCCUGCAUGAAACGCCGGCUGUGCAUGAAGCAGAACCAUCCUCCGCACAAUCGAAGCGCCCUUUCAAACCUGUCUCUGCGCCGGAGAGGCCGGAUUGGCUGCCGGAAGGAUGGAGAUUUUAUUUCAGGAUCCGAAACUCCGGUGUCUCUGUAGGCACGUAUGAUAGGGUAACUCAUUUUCUUGCUCACAUCAGAUUCUGA